GUUGUUAUUCGUAUCCCAUCAAUGGAGUAUAUAAAACACGAAGAAAAAAAGCAUCAGACAAAAGGAUACAACCAUCUUCAGAUCCACAAGUGAGCAUCAAAAAAACAAAAAGCCAGAAAAAUGAUGGCUGUAGGGACAAUUUUGUUUGUUUUGCUGCUUGCUCUGCUGAUUCUCUUCUUCCUGAGACAACUUUGGAUCCAAAGACAUUUGCCUCCUGGUCCUUUGGCUCUUCCUCUCAUUGGGACCUUCUGGGCUUCUGGACUUUGGAUUCGUGAAGAUUAUUUUCGUAAGCCUGUAAAACGAUAUGGAAAUAUAUACACCUUGAGUGGUGGACCUCACCUUGCAGUAGUGCUGUCUGGAUUCAAAACUGUGAAAGAAGUAAUGACCAGCUUCCCAGAGGAAUUCUCUGAUAGAUCAGAGGAUGCUUUCAUGACUGCUUUGGGGAAAAAAAAGGGUAUUAUUUUCUCCAAUGGCCACGUCUGGAAAGAGCAGCGACACAUCGGUAUCACUUCUCUGAGGAAGCUGGGCCUGGGGAAGAAGAGCAUUGAGCAUCAGAUGGAAGACACAGUUCAGAUGUUGGUGGAAACAUUUAAAAAAACAAAAGGACAGCCAUUUGACCCUUCAAUUCCAGUAAUAAAUGCAGUUUCUAAUAUCAUAUGUGCUUUGAGUUUUGGUCAUCAGUUUGAACCUGAAGAUGAAAGCUUCCAGAAGCUAAUUCAAGCCCUUGAAAUUAUUGUGAAAUUCAGUGGCAGCUUUUUUCAUAUGACGUUUAUUAUGUUCCCACGAUUAAUGAACUAUCUCCCUGGCCCUCACCAGGAUGCCUUGGCUUCGAUAGAGGUGAUCAAUUCCUUUGCAAAGCAGGAAAUAGAGAAACACAAGGAAUCCAGCUGUCUGCAUGAGCCACAAGAUUUCAUUGAUCACUAUUUUCUUCAGAUGGAGAAGAGCAGGAAUGAUCCCAACUCUACCUACAAUGAAGAGAACCUGGCUCAGUGUAUUGUUGAUUUUUUUGCUGCUGGGACAGAGACAACCAUGGCUACUCUGAUGUGGGCACUGCUCCUCUUGACCAAUCAUCCCGACAUCCAAGAGAAAGUCCAGAAAGAGAUUGAAGAAGCCUUUAGUUCCUCGGUCUCAAUUUCCUAUCAGGAUCGGAAGAAGCUGCCCUACACCAAUGCCGUGAUUCAUGAAAUGCAGCGUUUAAAAAAUGUUUUGCUAUUUGGGCUUCCCAGGCAAAGUACAAAAGAUGUGACGAUGAAGGGUUACCACAUUCCAAAGAGGACCAUAAUUCUGCCAGACCUGCGUUCUGUUCUUCUUGACCCUGAACAAUGGGAGACACCUGAAGAAUUCAACCCAAAUCACUUUUUAGAUAAAGAUGGGAAGUUCAUGGAACGAGAAGAGUUUCUGCCCUUCGGAAUAGGUGAACGCAUAUGUGUGGGAGAGCAGCUGGCAAGAAUUGAGAUCUUCAUCUUUCUGACCAAUCUGUUGAGGGCCUUCAGCUUCCGGUUGCCUGAAGGAGUGAAAGAACUCAACGAAGCCCCUAUUCUAAAUGUGACAAUGCAUACACACCCUUACAAACUGUGUGCUAUUCCCACAAAAGCUAAAAAUUAAACCCCAUAAAAAGCAUUAAAUUUACAGAAUAGUUAUUCAGUAUGACGAAUGUUUCCUCUGUACCUAUUCACUUAAUAUUGUGCUUUGCUUCUAUUUACUCAAUACUGAAACUUCUUUAACCUAUUGCUGGGGUCACACAACGUACCUAACAAGGUCAACCAGUGACUAUGUUUGAAAAAUGUGCUAACUAAGCUUAUCAUGCUUUAUCUUUGUUUCCUUUUGGGCUCCAAUAAAACAUAUUACUUUCCAUUUA